CCUUAGGAUCAACUGUAACUGUCAACGCCGAUCAAUUAGCGGAAUAAUGUCCAAUAAAGGAGCAACUAAAAAAAUUGGACCUAAAGAUGAAGUCAAGACACGUGUUCGGUCAAAACCGAAAAUGUCAUCCAGUAAUGAAAGCAAUACAGAUACAUCGAAAAAAACAGAUCCUAAUUUUCCAAGGAAAUCUCAAACUGUUGAGCAUAGAGGAGAUGGAGAUAGAGGGUCCAAAUCGUUGCAGAAUUCCUUGACAAGGACACAAUCGAUUAGAAAUACUAUCAAGCCAUCCAUCGGAUCUUCUCAAGUUAAGACUGUCAAAUAUAUAUCCUCAACAUCGAAAUCUAGUCCACUUAAUGCUUCGUCUAGUCAUUCAUUAAUGAAGAAAAGUACAACCUCUAAGAUAAGAUCCGAAAAUGUUACAAAAUCAAGCGACGACAAUACGGUCAAAAAGAGGAAAUCCAGAGAACAAGUGGGAUAUUCAGAGAAGAGAGGUCAGAGUACAAUAUAUAUGCCAAAAUCAACUACAGACAAGCCCAAUAUUAAAUCUAACGAAAAGAUUACGAUUCGAGCGUCAAGGGAUAAAGAAAAAUCGCAAGAUCUCUCUGCACCCAACCGAACUAAACCACGAAUGUCGUCCAGAGAACGCAGGAAAUCCAGGACGCUAAGUCCAAGCGAGAUAAGAAUGCUACACAGUGCCGUAAGGAGACCGGAUGUCGUGGAAGAAGAGCAGAAGAAAGAUGUUUUAACAGACAGUCAUUCUGGUACACAAGCAGACUCGAAUGAGGCGGACUACGAUUAUGAAGAUGAUUUUGAGGAUUAUGAAUCGGACUUUCAAGAAUGCACUGACAGCGGUACUCCCUCGAUUAGCGAAAAAUCAGAUAGCAGUGGAAGCAGUUCCCAUUUAGAACCGAUCGAAUUGCGCCUCCGAGAGAAGAAAAAUAUGGAACACACAAAGGUCGAAGAGGAACAUAUGCUUGAUUCGGGACAUUAUGAUCUAGCAGAAGCGAAAAAACGGGCAGCACGGGUAGAAUCUAUGCUUUUAACGCAAUCCAAUACACCGCCUUUACCUGAAUUAAGAGAGCCAGUUGGUAAAACAUUUAGCAGUGACGAUAGACCGGCGGAAAAUAAAUCUUUGCCAUCGUCCACUGAUGAAGGCUUCGAGGAUAGCCGUUCUGGGGAUUUUACUAGAUCUCCGCCGCUGUCGCAAGUACCAUUUAUCGAUUUUCGUAAAUCAAAAGAAAAUCGCCGUGAAGAAAACUCGCAAAAAAUACGAAGUAGAGGCGAAGAAUUGUUGGAAAUGAUAAAGCUGGACUUUAUGGAAUGGUCAUUAUUAGAAUGCAAUCCUAUACCCUAUGAUGAAUUUAUAAGGAACUACGGGAAAUUAAAUAUGCAACAAGUGUUUACCCAAACUGGCGACGACAAUAUAGACAUUGAGAUACAAACGGACGAAAUGCCUUGUAAGAACAAGUGGACGCAGUUUCCUAUAACUUGUAGAAAAGAAUUGCGUGAUAAACGAGAUAUAAAUUUAUUUGAAAUGGAGCAAAUAGGCGUUGGAAAUGAUUUGGACGAAAUGGACGAUAUAAUUUUUUUGUCACGACCAUCGUAUGAUGUAUUACGGUUAAAUGAUUUUCUUAAUCGUGCGGGUGCGGUUGUAUUAUCGUUAUUGGAAGAGAGGGAACAUGGUGGCACCGUUUUUCAAAAUGAUGUAAGCGACUUAGCAUUCAGUGAUGGUUUCGUGAAGCUCUCUGUAGAUACAGUAACAUUCUUAGCUACCAGAUCAGUUAAGCUUAUACAUUAUUCGAAUGUUUUAAAUAAAGUUCUGCUUACCAUUCACGCUCCUGUGGAAGAGGAGUUAGAAACUAUAAGUAAACAGGAUUACAUCACAGAUUGUUGCAUUGGAUGCGUUUGGAAUAUUUCCGAACCUUCGAUGCCGAAGAAAUUAUUCUAUUCGCAAUGCUCUAUUACGGCUUGUUGCUUUCACUUAACGAAUUGCAACACGGUGUUUGCCGGACUCGAGGAUGGGUCGUUGAGUCUCUGGGAUCUUAAGGAGGAUGAGAUGUGGCAUCAGAAGAUUACAGAUAAAGCUAACGAGUUAGAUUGGGUGAUCAGAACGCCUACUUAUACGACAACGGCAGAGUUAGAGGCACAUACAUCGCAAGUUGUUGCGAUACGCGUACUAUCUAAGAUCGAAACUACCUGUGCUAAAGAAAGGAGCAACAAGUUUGUUCCUAUUCAGAUAUGUAGUUUAGAUGAAGAUGGUUGCCUCAUAAUAUGGAGUAUCGUGCACAACAUGGGUAUAAAUAUAGAUGAUUUAGGGCUCUCUCACUGGGGUAACAUAAGACUUAUAAAGAAUCAGAAAACGUUUUUGACGAAAAAAGACUCAGAAAUAAUGAACAUGUUUGUUGAUAUGCAUGUAGACAGUGCAAACACAAAUAACAUUUAUAUCACGACUAACAGUACUGAUGUCUUGCAUGCUACUUGUAUUGGUAAUAGAACUAAUCCAUUAACAUACAAACCAGUUGAGAUAAGUAAAUGCGGUACUUCAACUUGCAUUGACGUUUGUCCUUUUGGUCAAUCCUUUUUCUGGGUAAGACUUCUUUCGUUGUUUAUUUUAAAAGCUUUAUUCUUAUCUCAAUUUGAUUUCCAUCAGGUUGGCUGUAACGACGGAACAAUUCGACUUCAUUAUUUAAAUAUAGAGAGACCGAUCGUACAAUUGAAAAAUGGACAGCAUUCUGACGAGAUUAAAGCAUUGCAAUGGUCGAAAACGAAACCGUUGACUGUAUAUACUCUGGAUAAUAAUUCUCGAAUUCAUGUAUGGGAUUUGAGUAAGAGUGAUAUCUGCCCUAUACAUAUAUUACCUAUGGGAAAGUGGGGAAAGAUAAGCAGCAUGCAGCUGUCUCCUUGCAUAAUAGAUCAAGAUAUGACGAAUCAAUAUCUGGCUAUUGGCAUGGAAUCUGGUAACAUAGAAGUACAUAAACUGAAAAAAGAUUUCUAUUACUCAAAGAAAGAGGAAUUUUUACAAGAACUGGACAUAUUUUCGCGAUACGUUUCAAUAUCAUAAACGAAAAUA